UUUCUGCAUUUGGAAGUCGUUUGACAAGAAAUUUAAAAGUGAAAACCAAUGUCAUGGUAUUCAAAGAUUUACGUAGCAGUGCGAGAAUACCGCGCUAAACAUAAAAUCACUGGAUGGAUUUUGACGAGAUGUCUCAAUGUACUUCUUUUCAUUCAACUUAUUUUGCUCUGGUGGUCACUUUAUAUGUACGUGACAGUGACAAUUGGUUAUUACGUUCAGUCAACAAUUCAAGCAACCAUUUAUUUGAUUGUUGGAUCAUUUCUGUUUGUUAUGUCAAUGUGGAGUCUUGCAAAAACGUUGUUCACGAGAGUUGGCAGAGUUCCAGAAAGAUAUCGACCUAGUAAAGAACUUGAAGAUAGAUUGAAAGCAGUCACACCGAUGGAGAAAAAUCGAUACGUGGUAGAGAAAUCGACACCUGAACAGCUUGCACAACAAAAUACUAUUUUGGAGGAGAUGUGUACUUACUGUAAAGUAGUCGUCGCUGAAUGUGAUCAAGUGGGAAGGCUCAAGUAUUGUUACGAGUGCGGACAUAUCAAACCGGAUCGUGCCCGACAUUGUAGCUCAUGUGGGAAGUGUUGCAUUAAGUAUGAUCAUCACUGUCCAUGGAUAAACAUGUGUGUUACACACGUCAAUUACAAGUACUUUCUACUCUACAUUAUCUACACCAGUUUUCUUGUUUAUUGGUAUUUGCUCACUUCACUAGAAGGUGCUGUUCGAUAUUUUAUCAAUCAACAAUGGACCGAUGAAUUGGGAAAGUUUUUGUUCUACUUGUUCAGUUUUAUUGUCGGCGGAGUGUUUGGUUACUAUCCACUCGGUGAACUUAUCAUAUUCCAUUAUCAAUUGAUCUCAUUGAACGAGACAACUGUCGAACAAACAAAACCAGCUCUUCUAAGAUUUGAUAAUGCAGCUGACUACAAUAUGGGGAAAUAUAAUAAUUUUCAAUCAGUGUUUGGAUGGGGAUUAUGGCUGUGUCCAAUUGAUUCCAGCACCCAGGAUGGUCUGCAUUUCGACAUAAGAUACGUCAACACCCAGCAACGGAAUCGAUUUGUUAGAAUUGAGGAGGAACCAUCAAGUACUCAAAGUUCGCAGUCAUCGAUUCAAUGAUUCGGUUUAAUGAAACUUUCCUUGAUGUUUUUUUUUAAAUUAAUUUUUGUUCGUAU